AUGGAAUUUAGCCUUUCCGUCGGUGACGAUCUUCUUCGAAAUGUAAUAGGCUUUGAAUUUCGCAAAUACCGUAUCGAAGUCCUCAUCUUUUCUUCGAAAAUCGAUUCGUGGCGUGGAAUAACUUCUUGCUUGUCACCACUUGUCUUCAAUUCUAUUGACCCUCUGAAGUGGCCACAUUUGCUAGAUGGACAUAUCUCAAAAUUUAUGUCCAAUAUGGCAUAUUGUCCAUGGAACUGUUCAGGACAUGGCAUUUGCAAUGAGGGCAAAUGUAUUUGCCGUGUUCAGUUCAGUGGUGGAUCCUGUAAUGAUUCCAACAAAGAUUAUUACCUUGCAUUUGGAUCCAUUUUUGUUAUCCUAUCCUGUGUUUCCUUGAUACAACUGUGUGUGUGUAUCUGGUCUGAAUACAUCAAAGAACAAAAACACUCUUUCUGGAGUGCCUUCAAAAUAACAACACAAAAGUUGCUUUACGCUCUCAUCAUUUGUGCUACUGCCAUCAGAGCUGUUUACUUCUUUACUAAGUUCCAGCUUCACCUAACUGACCAAAUCUCUUCAAACUUGUGGUGUGCUUAUUAUCCAUUGUUACUGACUGGCUUUACACUUAUUGUGUGUUAUUGGGCAGAAGCAUUUCAUUUGAACAUUCCUUUUGAGAAGCCAAGAUUUCUCAGCAAGUCUUUUGUCGGAUUCAUGGUGUUUAACAGUUUCAUUUAUCUGCUCUUUGGUACUCGAUUCAUCCUGACUGGGCUUAUUAAUGACCACCAUAAUUUUGAUUUGGUCAAUAAAAUUUUUGAUGCUUUGUUUGCAUUCUUGAUGUUUCUUGUAGUUGCUUUCUUUCUCAUUUAUGGUGUGGAGGUUUACUUCAGGGUACGAGGAGCAUUUGCUCAGUCACAAUGUACUGUUAACCAACGACAGCUACACUUGUCCAGGCUUGGACUUGUCAUCCAGGCAAUUCUACAGUUAAUCACAGCACUCUUCCUUCUCUCAGAUGUCCUAAAAGAAUUCUGGAGAGACAAGUUACCUGUUAUCAGUCAGAAUAUUUAUGACAUUGGAUUUCGAAUAAUAGAGUUUGGUGUAUCUCUGUGGUUCCCUUGUGUUCUAUGGAACUGUUGCAGACCAGAAGAGCUGUGGGUCCUGAACCCCAAGAAUAUCUUUCAGUCAUUUAAACAUGAGAGAGAUUUCGAAAGAGAACCAGUGAAUUCUAUAAGAAAUCGGCAAAAAAAUUAUAACACAAUUGAUCAAUCACACUCUGCUGAUACUUCCCAGAAUUUUUUGUGUUGGAUAUGUUAUGACCCUGACAAUCACAAAGCUGGUCCUCUCAUCCAGGCAUGCAAUUGCAAAGGAGAUAUGUCUGCUGUACAUCACGAAUGUUUACGCAAAUGGCUAGUGGAGAGUGCUACCACAGCUGAGGAUGCCAAGUGUAGGGUCUGCCUCCAAAAAUAUUCUCUUCAGGAAAGCCAUUAUUGGCUCCCCAAAGGCACAAAGUUUCGUCAUUGGAUUCUGGUUUCGUUCAUUCUUGUUGCAAUGAUUGCGUGUCCUUUUGGUGCAUAUGCUGUUGCUCAUGAAUUAACCAAAACAUAUGUGCAAGUCUUGGCAUUUGGUUUUACUGCAAUUUUUGAACUCUUUUGCAUCAAGGUUUUAACUGUCAAUGCCAUAAAAAUGUAUAAACGUGGACGACUCUCCUCUGAUAUUCUCAGUAACAGACACUUGCGACAGAUAUCUCUCUUGAUAUCUAAGAGUUAUCUAAACCCUCUUGCUUUGUCUCUCUAG